AAUUAAUUGUUUAUCCUCAGGCAAAUAAUGCAUUUAAAUUAGCAAACUUGUAAUUCGAAAAGAUGCACAAAAUGAAUGGAAAAAAGAGAAAGGAGUAAGGGCGAGAAUCAGCUGUUGUGCCGUGUAUGCGUUGUUCAUCGUCUUCAUCAUUUAAUUCUCAGCCCCUCCUCUGUCUCUUUUUUCUUUCUUUCUCAUAUCUAUACAUACAUGUUUUGUAUAUAACGAAAUAUUCGCAAGUAAUAGAUGGGUUCGAGUAGUAGCCGUCUGGGUUCACGACAAAAUCGGGCACCAAGAACACCCAAACGGAGCCUUCUUUCUGUUCUUGUUUGUGGCGGUGGAGGUGCUUCAACUUCUCGUUCAGCCUCUAUUGAGGUCAAUGACAAUCCAGCCGAUGCAUUAAUGACUCCUGCUCCAGGCCAGAGUUCGAUUUCGGGAAAGUUUCAAAGGUCUAAAAAGGAAACUGUUGCUGAUCAUUCAUUUAGCAUCCCCCAAAUUCCACAAGCAUCAUCGUUUGAAACUGACUUCAGAGCCACAGAGAAUUCUCUUGUAGACGAUGAUUCAUGCAGUGUGGAAACAGAUAACCAGAAAGGCUUGUGUCGAAGUAAAGAUGUAAUAUCUCCUCAUCAGCUUGGUAUUGAUUAUAGAUUUAGAGAUAUAGCUAGUACUUCAUACGAGGAUCGGCCACCACCAGACCAAAUUCCUGCAAGCGGUAGGGACAAUUUGGAUGCAGCCGGUAGUGUUGAUAACAUAAUUGACAGAGACCUUCCUCAAAGUUGUUCAAUUGUUGCACAAACAUGCAUUAGUGAUUCAUGUUCAGAUGGCAUGUCAACUGAAAACCAUGCAAGUGAAUUGACAACCAUUCAUGAUUUUGAUUCUAGCUCCAUAUCGGCUGUAUCCGAUUCUCCAAUAAAUUUUGACAUGCAAAGCAAUGAUACUCACGAUGCAACAGCUCUGGGUCUUGGAUUUGUAGUGUCAGACAGGGAACAUGGUCUAAGAGAUGAAAGUUUACUUCAUCUUGAUGUUCUGAGUCUCUCCCCCAACACCCUAUCUAAUAGCAGUGCUGACAAUGGUGAUAAUGAAGUAAGAAACAAUAGUAGAAGACUAUUUUGGGAUGCAUUUUCAAGACGUAGUUCAAGAAGGCGUAGUGAUUCUCGAACCCUUGUGUUCACAAGUGAAGAUUCUGACGAUUUAGGAUCACAGGAUAGAUGGCUUUUUGAUUUUAACAGUGAAUACUUGGAUGAUGGAGUUGGUGAUGCUGGAAAUGUAGAAAGUAGAAAUCACAGCUUAAACGAGCAUCGCUGGCACUCGAGCAACGAGCUUAUAUUGUGUCAGAUAUGGGAAAGACUUCAUAGUGGUCGCCGUUGGAGUGACCGUCGAUCAAACAUUUGUCCAUCUGGUCGGCAUCCUCAUGGCACAUGUUCAUGUGAAUCAAUCUUACGGAGUGAUGAGUCUGGUGCUCAUGCAAGUAUUUCACGUAUUGUCAUGCUUGCAGAAGCAUUGUUUGAGGUACUGGAUGAAAUUCAUAGGCAACCUCUGUCACUAUCGCUGCCUAUUGUCUCACUACCAGCAUCGGAGUCGAUUGUUGAUUCUCUGCCUGUGAAGAAUCACAGAAAGACACAGAAGACUGAUGAUGAUGAUGAUGAGGAACAGUGUUACAUUUGCUUGGCUGAGUAUGAAGAUGGAGACAAAAUACGAAUUCUUCCUUGUCACCAUGAGUACCACAUGGUGUGUGUUGAUAAAUGGCUGAAAGAGAUACACGGGGUUUGCCCCCUGUGCCGAGGUGAUGUUCGUGAAAUAGAAACUUCUGCAUCGAACAUAGAAAUUCCUUCUCUUUGAAGAUAGUGUGAUUGUUAUACACAGCCAAAAACACAUCUUUAAUGGUAUAGUGUUGUACACACCUAAAAACACACAUGUAAAUAAGUUGUAGAUAUUCUGUAUAAUGAUUUACUUAACAUCUUUACCGGUAUGUACCUUUUGCAUUCUAUAAAAAGUCGCCAGUUUAGCGAA